AUGGCUCGCCCGUCGGCUCCUGUGAUUGUCAUUACUGGCACUCCGGGAACAGGCAAAACGACCCACGCUCAGCUUCUUUGCAACGAAUCUCCCAUACCACUCCGGCACAUCAAUGUUGGCGAUUGGGUCAAAGAAAAAGGACUUUACGAAGAAUACGAUGAUGAAUGGCAGAGCUACACGGUAGAUGAGGACAGGCUGCUGGAUGAGUUGGAACCAGUCGUGGCCGAAGGUGGCGUUGUUCUCGAUUGGCAUACCUGCGAAGUGUUUCCGGAACGUUGGGCGGACCUGGUUGUGGUUCUGCGCUGCGAUCAUUCCCAAUUGUGGGAGCGGUUAGAAAAAAGAGGUUAUCCUUUGAAAAAGGUCCAAGAAAAUAAUGAAGCUGAAAUCAUGCAGGUCGUGCUUGAGGAAGCGCGAUCGUCGUAUCCGGAAGAGAUCGUUAUUGAAUUGAAAAGCGAGACUAUGGAGGAUAUGGAAGCAAACAUAUCAAGAAUCGUAGAGUGGAUUACAGAAUGGAGAAAGCAACAAGCCAAAUCGAUUUAGUGACUGAAUCACAAGUACAAGAUCGUCGAUCAUCACCAGCCGCUGGCCAACUUCAAGCUUCACCUCUCGUAUUUCUGGUCAAUCCAUGUUAUCAACAGCUUAAUCCCUCGGGCUUUGCAAUACAUACGGGGGGAAUCUACUCAGAAAAGACGAAAUACAAGAGUAAUCCGAGUAAUACAGCCAGAAUUGAUGGGUAUAAUCCUUCCACUGCCCAGGUCACCCGGGUUGCCAGAGGGAGUAACAGUAACGAGAGAAGUUAAAGUCUGUACAAAA